AUGUCGGAACUCCCUGAUGUUAUUGAGCAGGUGUCCGUAUUGAUGAAGAUCCGUGGGUAUGCGGACCAUAGUCUCGGGAACGCGUUUGCGUCUGAUGUCUUGCGGAUUGAAUUUGUGGGCCAGACAAACCUCAAUCUGACCAUCGUCGAUCUACCUGGACUAAUCUCUGUGGCAAACGAAGAGCAAACCGAAGAAGAUAUCCAGCUGGUCAAAGACAUGGUCAAAGGCUAUGUUCAAAGUUCUCGCACGAUUGUGCUAGCAGUGGUGCAAGCCACCAACGACAUCGCCAACCAAGUCAUCAUCCAGCUUGCGCGACAGUACGACCCGGAAGGUCAGAGGACGCGAGGCCAGCUUGGCGCAACUUUCGAACAACCAGGACAACAUCCAGCUGAACCUUGGCUUUUUCCUCUAAAAAACCCGAAGCCGUCCGAGAUUGAAGAGGGUAUCAAACCUGAGCAGCGGUCACAGAGGGAGCUGAGAUUUUUCUCGGAGCCCGUUUGGAAGCAGCAUCUCGAUAUGAGUCGUGUAGGGGCCGAGAAUCUGAGGCUGUUUCUGCAGGACCUCCUGAACGCCCACAUCGAGAAGGAAAUGCCCCAGGUGGUUGAAGAUAUUCGGAAGGUCCUGCGCACCACAGAGGAGAGCUUGACGCGACUUGGCCAAGCCCGUCCCACUGUCGGGCACAUCCGCAUUUUUCUAACGCAAGUUAGCACCAGCUUUGCCCAGCUGGUCCAAGCUGCCUUGGAUGGAAACUAUCAUGGGCAAUACUACGAGUUUUUCGAUCACAUUGAAGAUUCGCGGUUGCGCGCCGUAGUCCACAAGAUCAAUGGCAAAUUCGCUACCGACAUCCGUACCCAUGGCAAAAAAAGGGUUUUGAGGCCGGCAGAGUCAGAGAUCGACUGGACUCUGGAUGAAAAUUCAAUUAAGGAAAACAACGAGAAGGAGCUUUUCGUAACCCAAGAGGAAAUGAAAAACUGGGUCAAAAAGGUGUAUUUGCGCACACGGGGUCGUGAGCUUCCAGGGAACUACAAUCAUGUCCUACUAGCCGAGCUGUUCUUGGAACAAUCCUCUCGUUGGCUCCCCAUUGCCACAGCCCACGUGGAAAGCAUCAUCGCGAUCGUCACCGGGUGGCUGCAGCACGCCACUCGAGUGGUUCUACCCGAGGACAAGCUUCGUGGUGAUGUACUUGCCAUUUGCUCUCAGUGGAUGGAGGACGCCGGCAAUGACGCUUUAAUGGAGCUUGAUAAACUGAAAAAAGACGAGCAGCGCCAGCCGAUUACGUACAACCAUUACUACACUGACAACAUUCAAAAGUCCCGUCAUGGCUUUCUGCGUGAGGCCGUGGAAGGUGCUAUCAAAGAGACAGCAAGCUCGGAUUAUCAUGGAAAACUCCAUGUUAGCAACAUCCCCAUGGAUAUUGAAAAGUUCCUUGAGGCAAUGAAGCGCAAAGUCAACGUCGACAUUGACGACCAGGCAUGUGCUGAGGCCAUGGCAGGGUUGGAAGCUUACUACAAGGUAGCCAUGAAGACUUUCGUGGACAAUGUCUGUCGGCAGGUCGUUGAGCGUCACAUCAUUGCGCCCCUCUCCAAGAUUCUCAGUCCAGUGACUGUUUCCCGAUUCACGGACGACGAGCUUCUUCAAAUCGGAUCCGAGUCGGAAAAACAAAACCGCAAGCGGGAAGAGCUUAGGGCCAGGGCAAAGAAACUGAGGAGCAGCCUUGAAAAUCUCCAGCGACGCUGACGGGUAUCUUCCUUCGGGGUUAUGAGGAGCCACUUCUCGCUGUUUUCCUUAAUUGAAUUUUCAUCCAGUUAUAUGUUGGUUUCAGACGCGGACCUUUACGGAUCCAGCGAUAUCCUGAUUUCAGUCGACACACUGGAAAGGUUAACAAAUGGUGGGGCAUAGGAGGUCAUACGCUCUUUUAAUUUGAUUAAGUUCAAAAGUAUGAUGAUAGAAAUCCGGCAGGCAGAGAAUGGGUACAUUUUGUGGAUUCGUUGCAAAUCUCGGCCCCAAAAAGGCAGGUCACACAUUGGUGAUCCACAAAACACAUGUCAAUUUCGGUGCAAGAACUGCAUUUUCAUCAAAUGUGCUGGGCUGGGCCUAAGUGCUUUGCAUCUGGUCCAAGCUAGAGCAGAGUGUUGAACAAAACGGGCACUUUGCCCAUUCAUAUGUCCACUAUAUGUGCCUGAGCAGCUGCUUUAACAUACAGACUAAGCGACAUGCCGCGUCGAUCAUAAUAAGCUCCGGCACAAAGUACCCGCCGCUCCAAUACCCGGUUGGCAUACAUAUCGGGACCUUUUUUUUUUUGACGGAAUCAGAAUAUGCAUA